AUGUCAAUGUUUGGGAAUGGGAAGAGAAGAAGUUUGUUGAAGAAACUGAGAAAGGAAUCAUUAAGGUUGAAGUUUCUAUGGCCAUCAUCCCUAUUCAAGUGGAACAGACUUACUUUGCCUCUUUCAUUCAUGGACGAUGUCGUUUUUAAGGUUGUUUCUGCCUUUGAAGCUGUUGUCCUUGUUCUUACGCUCUGUUUUUUUUACCUUUGUUGCGGUUGUAGCUUCUGA